AUGAUAAAAAUGAUAGCCGACGUGAAAGCGGACAUUUCCGUAUCAAUCGAUGCGCUAAACGAUACAUACCCUCAACUGCCGGUCUGGUCGAGUGCAUUGUCCACAACAUUCAUCAUAUCGAUAGUGCCGUAUCUCAUACUAUUCCUCAUACCAUUGGACAACACACCGGCCUAUGCGUCACAUCUCCGCAUGUGCUUAGGUUUGGCCGCCGGCGGACUCCUCGGCGAUGCCUUUCUUCAUCUCAUACCUGAAUCUCUGGCGAACGCCGGCGCCGACCAUCUGAGUACUGGUCUCUGGAUAUUAGCCGGAUUUGUGGGCUUUUUUGUAAUGGAGAAAAGUGUGCGAAUCGCCAAAAAUUAUAGCGUUUGUCAACAAAAUCUCAAUUCUGGCACCAAUUGCAAUGAGAUUAUCACUAAUAAUGGGAAUAAUAAUUAUGAAAAUAGUGUAAAUGAGAAACACUUGAGUAAUAAAUGCAAAACCAUUUGCCACAAGAAUCAAGAUUUAGUCGACAAACAGGUGUUGGAUAAUAGCGAUGAUACAAAAGAUAUAGAUAUAUCCGGUUAUCUGAAUCUUGUGGCAGAUUUGGUGCAUAACUUUACGGAUGGUCUGGCAAUUGGGAGCUCAUUCAUGGCGGGCCAUAACGUGGGUUUAGUGACAGGUCUCGCAAUUAUGGUUCACGAAAUACCCCACGAGAUCGGCGACUAUGCGGUACUCAUUAAGUCCGGCUGCUCUCAGAAGCGGGCCAUGAGUUUGCAAUUAUUAACAGCGAUCGGAGCGCUGACGGGAACAAUA